AUGGUUAGUCUAGUGCCUAAUUUUGCAGGGUACGGCAAUCAAAAUGAACAAAAAUACAUAUCACCAACAUUAUCAAUAAGAGAUCCAAUAGUUGAUGAAUCAUUAAAAUUUCAUCAAGAUCAAUCAUCUGCAACAAAUUCAUCAAGAAAUCAAUUAUCCAAAAGAUUUGUACAACCAAUUGGGCUCGAGGUAAAAGAAGCAAAUUAUAAAAUAAACAUACCUGACUUUUCCAACUUACCACCAUUACAAUUAGGUUUAAAAUUCAUAUCAAAUAUAAAUAAAAUUGAUUCAAGUAUACCACAUGAUAUUUUUUAUUCAGAAACUUUAAGUAAAAAUGAAUCAAGUUUAGAUAAUUAUUAUUUUGAUUAUGAAAAUGGUUUAAAAGAUUUUUCAAGAUUUGAAAAAAUUCAACAAUUAGAUUUACCUGAUAGAUUUUUUGAAGAAUAUAAUAAAACUGAAACUAUUACCAAAAUUGGAUUGUUUCCAGAAAUUGAAAGAACUUGGAUUGCAAUUGAUAAUAAAUUAAUACUAUGGAAUUACAAAAUACCACAAUCAUCAUUUAACCAAAAUUCGCAAUUUCUAACUAUUGAUCAAAUUGAUAAUACUAUAUUGACUGUAAAAUUAGUUAAACCAAAAGCAGGAAUAUUUUUAAAAGAAAUCAAUCAUUUAUUAUUGGUUUCAACUACUGUGGGAAUAAAAAUUUUCAUUGUCAAAUAUGAUAAAUCUCUUAACAAUUUGGAGGUUUUUAAUCCUGAUUUAUCUGUCACCACACAAGGUCUUGCAGUAAAUAAUUUUGUUGUACAUCCAAAAACAAACGACAUAUAUUUCAGUGGAGAAAAUGAUGGAGUAAACAUAUGGAGAUUGGAUUAUUCAAAUAAAUCAACAUUCACCAAAAAUAAAUGUGAUAAAAUAUGUUUAACAAAAGGUGGAUUAUCAAGUGUGAUUCCAAACAAAUUUCUGGGUUUUGGCUUUACUUCAUCAGGUCCAACAAAUGCAUCUGAUCAAAACUUAGCAAAUAUCCCUGAAAAAAUAGUUCAAUUAGAAAUUGAUACUGCAAGAGAUAUAUUAUAUUCAUUAUCAAACAAAUCAGUCAUAAGGUCAUAUAAACUACAAGCAAAACAAGAAUCACUUACAGAAGGAGCUCAAUUAACCCCAAGUCAAAUUUUCAAAUCUGCAUCAAGCUUGUUUGUAGAUGCAAGUAACUUCAAAGUUUUUGAGAGAUUUAAAAUUAUUAGCAUACAUUUUAUAUCACCGGAAGAAUCCUCAGUAAUUCAAUUAAUUGCAGUAACAAGCAAUGGAUCAAGGAUCUUAUUAAAGUUAGGAACCACCACAACCUUUUCAUCAUUACUCACAUCAGCAUAUUCAUCAUCAAAUGCAUUAAGGUUAAACCUUGUCAAUAUAAAAUUUCCACCAACUAGAGACAUUCCAACUGUCAACAAUGAAUUAGACUCAUUUUCAAGAGAUAGACAAUACAUAUCACAAAUAAUAGCAAAUCAACAAAAAUCACAAAUUCUUAAAAAUACCAAAAUCGCUAAAAUUAUAAGUCCUGGAGUUUUUCUUUGUGUGAAAAAGACUAAAAGGUCAGAUAAAUUGUUUAUUGCUACUGCUAACUUUGGAUAUUUGAAAAAGAACAAUAAGUUGGUUGAAGAUGCUGAAUUUUUAAAAUACACUUUAAAUGAUGAUUCUCCUUAUACGUACAUCCAAGAUAUUGUACAACUAACUCCUUCUAUGAAUGCAACAAAUACACCAAAUGGUUAUGCAAAUAUUGCAGCAAGUCAAUACACGAAAGAACCAUUGAGGUUCGCAAUCUUAACUAAUUUUGGUAUUAUCAUUUAUCAAUUCAAGACAUCAGAUCAAAUAUUAAAGUCAUUAAAUGAUGAAGUUAUUGAGAAUUUUAUAGAUGAAAAUGGAUAUGAAGAAACUUGUUCUACCUUGUUAUAUUUAGCAUGUUCAUACGGAAACACUAAUGAAAUUUUUGAAAGAAAGGCACAGGUGUUAUUUUCAUCUUGUGGUAAUAAUGCAAGAUUAACAAAUAAUCAAUCGAAUGGAUCACAAUCAACCAGUUUAAUUCCUCAUCAUCAACUAUCAAACUUCAGCUCACCUCAUCCAACUGUUGAUCAAGUAGUACUUAGUGAUAGAUUUUAUGGUACAUGUUUAUUAAUUGCAAGAUUUCUUCGGGACAUUUGGACCAAGAAAGUUUUCAGUCCAAUUCCAACUGCUAAAAUCACUCCAUCCGGUGAUAUAGAAGCUGCAAGUGUAAAAGACAAUAAAGUUAUUUUAAAGAAUAUAAAUAUUGACAAAAGGCAAAUUGAGUAUUUCAUUGGAACUAUUGUGGUGUUGAUUGAUUUCUUUGUUGAAAAUGAAACUAGCAUCCAAGGUUUGAAUGCUCCAAACUAUAGUUCAGAUCCAAGUCAAUUUGAAAAUGAAGUAUGUUUAAGAGCAGAAAGUAUAGCAUUCACGUCAAUUUUUAAAUCUUUAACUUCAAUGAAGGAAGCUUUCUCAUUUCUUAUGGUAUUACUUGAAGAAUUACAAGCAAAUAAUAACGAUUUCAACAGUGUCUUUGAUUUUCUUUCAUUAACUAAUCAAGCUAAUUUAUUGUCAAUAUCAUUUAGAGACUUAUUAUUACCAAAUAGAGAUGUUAAAGUAUUAAUCAAGGACUUAUUAUCAUCAAUCAUAAAUAGCAAUAUUGUUAAAGGUGGAUCCAUUGAUGUUAUUGCAUCAUCUUUACAAACCAGAUGUGGUUCAUUUUGUUCAACAAACGAUGUUUUCAUAUUCAAAGCGAUUGAAAAUUUAACAAAAGCUAAAAAGAUUGGUUCAAGAGACGUUGAAUUAAAAUUAAAAUGUUUGAAAAAUGCAGUAUUAUUAUUUGAAGAAUCAUAUGAAACAUUAACUUUAGAAAAUAUUGAAAAUUCAGUGGACAUUAUGGUUGAACUUGAAUAUUAUUCUGGUGCUAUUGGUAUGUUAUUGAAUAUUACUAGUAAAUUAAGUAAUAGCUUAAAAACUCCAAAUUUUGUGUUCAAUCAAGUAAACGAGAAUUUAAUUAAAAAGAACCACAUGGAAGUUCAAGUCAAAAUCAAAAAAUUAUAUGAGAUUGUUUUUUAUGUAUUGAAGAAAGUUGAUUUCAAAGCUUUGAAAAUAACCGAAACAAAUAACCAACUUUUGAUAAAUGAGAUUUUAGAAGUUAGAGAUUCAGCUUAUGAUACAUGUUUUACCACCAAAGACAAAGAAUUCCAGUAUUCAUUUUAUGACUGGUUUGUCGAACAAGGUAUAAGUGAUAGAUUAUUAGAAAUCAAUACUCCAUAUAUUUUACCAUAUUUAGAAGAAAAAUCUGAAAAUAACAUUGCAAUGAGUAAUAUACUUUGGCUUUAUUAUGCAAAAAGAGAAAAUUACUUUGAUGCUGCCAAGAUUCUAUAUGCAUUAUCUAUAUCACAAUUCAAUCUUGAGUUAAGUCAACGAAUAGAAUAUUUAUCAAGAGCAAAUGGCUUUUGUAAUUGUGUUUGUCCACCAAAUUUUAGACAAAAGAUGAUUCAAUUAUCAGCUACGAUACAAGAACUUUUUGAUGUUGCAAAUAUACAAUUAAGUUUGAUAUCCAGAAUCGAGAGAGAUUCAAGAAUAAAUUCAGAUAAUAAGAAAAAUGCAGUGGAAGCUUUGAAUUUUAAAAUUUUAUCAAUAAGUGAUUUAUUUAAUACAUAUGUUGAUCCAUUGGGCUAUUACGACUUAUCAUUGUUAAUAUUCAAAGUAUCUGAUUACAAAAACAAUGAUGACAUAUUAAAAAGAUGGGAGUUAUUAAUCGAAAAAAUUUAUCAUGAAUCAGAAGAAUCAAAAGAGCCAUUUUAUGUCUUGCUUAAUGAUGAAUUUACCCUUUGCGGGUCCAAAUUGUCAUCUAAUGAUAUUGUAUUCCCAAUUGAUGAAUUGAUCAAAUUAAUAAGUAAGAAUUUACAUAAAGCUAUAAAGGGUAAUCCAGUAACUCAAACACCACCAAAAGGAUUUUUAGUUGAAUUAUUUAUAAAAUCCGGAGUUAGUUAUGAAAGAUUGUAUUAUAACAUGAGAUCGUUAAUUGAACACAAUGAUUUUGACAAUUCACAAAAUUUCACAGAAUACUUAAAGAACAAUGAAAUGACUUACCUUAUCAAAAAAUGGUACUCAACUGAUAAAAAAUUGAAAGAUUUUAUAGCUGCUGAACAAAUGGUCAAUUAUGGUAACGUUUAUUCGCUUGACACAGACCCAAUAAAAAAGUUGAAUUUUAAUUAA